GUCGGCUGCCGCCAUGUUAGAGAGCGGGGAGGGGGCGGCGGGGCUGCCAUAAAGAGAGCGGACGGAGGGGGAGCAGUAGCGGCAGCGAGCGCUGCAUGGAGCCGGGCGGGGGUAGCGUGGUGGGCGAGGAGUAGAAGGCGCGGGCUGUCGCGCUCGCUUUUCGGCGAUAGGAGAGAAUGGCGGAUGCCGCGAUCUCCAGCGGCGGCGAGACGGAACCGGAGCAGCAUCAGCGGACGGAGAAGAGCGGCACGGGCCUCCUCGGGGUGGAGAGCAAUAGAGCGGGAGCCGCCGAGGACGCCGCACAAAAUGGCGGACGGUCUGAGGAAGCGCUGCCGGUGGCUGCAGUCGCUGCAGAGGACGAGGUCCACCCAAACCUCAUCACGGCCAGCAGCAGCCAGCGCAGGAGCAGCGUCCCAACGGCACGCGACCAACAGCCGCCGCCCAGCGACGUGCCGGGGGGGCCGCCCCCUCUCCCUAAGCCCCCAGAAGACGUGCCUGUUAGGAGGAACUUUCAGAUCCCCAGGAAGAACAGAGAAAAGAAAGCACUUUUUCAGCCAGUAGCUGUGGGUUCCCGAGAGUUUGAUGAUGUUGUGAAGAUUCUGCAUUCAUCUUACUUGGAACCCAGUUCAGUGUCCAAUUUUAACUACAAGAGAGCCAGCUUAGUUCACAAUGAGCUGCUAGAAAAGGAGUUCACAGAAAAGCGCAGAGAGCUGAAAUUUGAUGGUCGCCAGGAUAAAGAGCUUUCUGAAACCUAUGCAUUUCUGAUGGUUGAUCGAGCUCAGAUCCAAAGCAUAUGUGAAAAGGGGCUGCAGGUGGGCCACUCCAAAAUAGCAAUUCUCGGCAGUCCUUCCAUGGGUAUAUAUAUCUCCAGGUAUGCUGAUUUAUUGCAACCCAAUCCUCUAGAAAUUGGAGCAACUGGAGAUGUGAUUAUUUUUAAAGUAAUAAAGGGAAAAAUGAAGAGUAUAUAUGACCACAUAGGUAUGAAAGCAAUGGAAUCAACAGUGAAGAGUGCUUUAGAUCCAACACCAAAGCAUGAGUGUCAUGUCUCAAAGAAUGCACAUAAAGUAACCUCCUUGCUGGCUUAUCGAGCAUAUGAACUUACUCAGUACUAUUUUUAUGAAUAUGGCUUUGAUGAGAUAAGGCGAAGACCAAGGCAUGUCUGUCCUUAUGCUGUUGUUUCUUUUACUUACAAAGAUGAAAUUGUGCAAACACCAAAAUUUCUGCCCCCAUCAAGAUCGAACAGCUUCAAUCCAGAUAGAAGUACAGAUAAAUUUAACUAUACGUUAUGGAGGGGACAGCUCUGGAAUAAAGGCAAACUUUUAUGCCAUGUUUCCUUGAAGUCAGCAGUACGUGCUUUCCUUCCCUGCAAGCUACCUGAGAAACUCGACCUGGAAAAAGCUGUGAGCAUUGACCAAUUGAAGAAGAAAGUAUCACCGCUGUUGUUCUAUAAAGAAACUUAUGUAGGGGCAAAAGAAGUGUUGAGAAAUGGAAUGUAUAGUAGCCUUUAUGAAAUUGUGGAGAAGUCCCGUUCUGGCAGUCACUUGGAGGGAUUACUUCAAAAGCUGGAAAAAGAGAAACUUGUUCUUGUAAAACCACUUAUGGACAGAGGAUUUCUUCUUCUUCUUUCUCCUUGGCAAAUGGCAUCCCCUUAUGACCAACAAACUGGACGAUCUCGCAUGUUAAAUGCAUUGUUUUUGUUUCCAGAGCCCAGAGGUGUAACGAGCUCAGCACAAAAAAGUGUUCCAUGUGGAACACAGAAAAACUCUACUACUGUGAUCUUGCACGAAAAUCAGAUCAUUCCAGAGUUCACAAAGUUUAUUCAGUCUCUACAUUUUGCUUUAAUCCAGUCUCGUAAAGAUGCUAGUGCUGAUUUCAAUACUGUUGUGGAAAAGUAUAUAAAUGAGUAUUUGAGAAGAUGCCAUAGUGGCUCUGGAAAAUAUAGAGAAUUUGUCUUAUAUCGGUAUGAAUCACGGUUGGAUGACAAAAAAUUUCUUUAUCCCGCUCCAAAAAAUAAAUCUCACAUCGACAGCUGCUUGCAAAACUAUAUUUUCAGUUGUGCAGCAUAUCAGCUACCUGUUUCUAGAGCUAGGGAGCUGAUGGAGGGAAAUCGAAAGCAUCAGCAGUUCAGUCCCAUCUCAGAUUAUGAAGCUCUAGAAGAAGAUUCUGAAUUUGGGAAUGUGAAAAGUGGGAGAAGAAUCCAUGCAAAAUACGAGGCAGCUGCUGCCAAGCGAAAGUUCCCUCAUCUUGGGGACUAUGAUCCAGAUAGACUCAAAGACCUCAUUAACUUAAUCCAGUGUAGGAAAAAGAAUGUAGGUGGAGAUUCUGAUUCUGAGGACCUUAGAAAUAAAAGUGGACUGAAAAGAAAACUGGAAAGACAGCCUGAAAAUUUGCCAAAACACUUAAAAAUGAGUGAAUCUUCAGAGAACAACUGUCAAUAUGAAGGGGGCAGAACCUCAGAGACACCACAGACGGUUUUCUCCAUUAUUUCUGGUCUCGGUGGACACGAUACUGACUUGAGACAUCAGGAUGCAUCUGACCCUGCUGUUACUGACACACAUGGCCUUGUUAAACUGCUUUUAGAAACAAUAGCUAAUUCAGGACACUCGGAUUCAUCCUUGGCACGGUCUGUAAAUCAAGCUUUAAGACUAAACGCUGAUGAAGUUGAAGAGGAUGUGAGACAAAACUAUGAAUAUGAAUCCAUUCCAGCACAGGACAAAGAUGAUCGUGAGCUUCCUGAUGCUGCUCAGGCUGAACCUGUGAACUUUAAGGACCCUCAGAGCCCUGUGAUGCUGGAGACUGAUCCUGCUUGCUUACCCUUUGCUAUCGAUGUUGACCUGCGGUUUCCAGCCAGUGAAGUAGGCCUUGAACACACACUUGUAAAAGAAGCAAGCACUGGAAGUGUAAGUAGCUUUGAAGACUACAGUCCCUGUCCUAGUACACCUGUAGAACAUGUUUAUCGCAGGCAUCACUCCAGCUCAAAUAACACAGAGGUUGCAAUGCCCUGGAGACUUAUUCCAAUUACGGGAGGGAUAGGAAAAGAUCAGGAGGACCAGCUGGAAAAAUAUGAAGAUAAACAAACAGGUCUGAAAUCACCAGAAGAACCGCUGGUGUGUUUACCACCAAAGGAUGCCUUCCCCAGUGACCCCCGGGUAAUAAAUAGACAGAGAAGUUACGAUUAUCAGUUUCCAUACUCUCCAUUUUCAGACACGCAAAAGGGGACAGCAGAAGAUGGACUUUAUACAAGACAAGUGGAGAAACUUGAAGAUGAAUGUGAGCUAGCAGAUCACCCUUUUACAACACAGCAUUCCAUAAGUGCAAUAGUAGAGACUGUAAUAUUAGAAGAAUACAGUCUCUUUGUAAAAAAGAUUCAGGAAAUUUUGCAGGAAAAAAAUAUUUCUUAUGUGAGUGGUGUGUUCACACCAGUCAUCUUGGGCCAAGAGAGGAUAAUGAGAUUUUCUGAAUAUGUAUGUUUACAGACAUCAGAGGUUUCUGUGCAAGAAUAUGUGGAGACACUGAGUGAGAAAAUGAAGAGUGUAGUUUUGUCCUCUUCGUGCACCAGACGUACUCCAUCAAUUUACUGUAGUCCUGCAUCAGCAGAAGUAGUUCAGAGUGCUGCAGUGAAGCCUCCACCCAAGGUGUUACCUGUCUGCAGGGACUCUGACACGGCGCUGUUAACAGAGCAGUUGUGUAACAGUGUGGUGGAAGAUGUUGAUUCUGUUGAGCAGCAGUCAGCGAGCUUGUCCAUAGUGAAUGAAGAAGUAGAACACGUGAGUGCUAAAGCAGAAGCUGUGCUGACGUCUGAUCAGACACCUUCCAGUGGUAAUUGGAUGGAGUCACCAGAAAAGACUCAGAAAUCCCCGGAGAACUUAAACAUUUCAAACCAACCAGCUCUUUCUGAUUUUAUCAGCCAGUUAAAACCUGAAGUUUUUAACAGUUUGGUUGAGAUUAUUAAAGAUGUACAGAAAAACACUGUGAAAUUUUAUAUUCAUGAAGAGGAGGAAAGCAUUCUCUGCAAAGAAAUCAAGGAGUAUCUUACUAAGUUAGGUAACACAGAGUGCCAUCCAGAACAGUUCCUAAAAAGAAGAGCUGCUUUAGAUAAACUGUUGAUAAUUAUUCAAAAUGAAGACAUCGACAACCUCAUCCAUAAGGUACCAGGCUUAGUAACUUUGAAGAAGCUUUCUUGUGUCAGCUUUGCGGGUGUCGAUAGUUUGGACGAUGUGAAAAAUCACACUUACAAUGAACUCUUCAUGUCGGGUGGCUUUGUUGUGUCAGAUGAAUCUGUCCUUAAUCCAGAGAGCAUCACAACAGAUAAACUAAAACAGUUCUUACAGUUUCUGGAGGAUCUCAGUACCCCAGAUGGAAAAUGGCACUGGAAAGUCCACUGCAAAAUGCAAAAAAAACUUAAAGAGCUGGGGAGACUGAAUGCUAACGCCCUGAGUCUGCUGACCCUGCUGAACACCUAUCGGAAGAAGCACUUGGUUGAAAUUCUGUCUUACCAUAACUGUGAUUCACAAACUCGAAAUGCACCAGAAUUAGAAUGUCUUAUCAGGCUUCAGUCUCAAAACAUACAACAGCGACACGUUGUCUUCUUAACAGAAAAGAAUCUCAAGCCACUUUCAAAUUAUGCUGAUAAUGGCAUAGUUGUUGCUACUGUCGAUGACUUCAUGCAAAAUUUUACAAGUCUUGUUGGGUAUCACAACUCAGUUAAUGAAGAAGACAGCCCAUCUCCCUCUGCUCAGGAAAGACAAUCAGUUUAUGUAGAAAAUGAUGUAAAGGAUGAGGAGGACAUGUCUCUGGAUUCAGGGGAUGAAGCAUCACAAAUAGAAAUCUGCAAUGAUGCCUCUAAAUACGAUACCCAUUUGGAAACUUUGCAGACUGAGACCGAGAGCUCACAGGGAGUAGAUGCAAAAAAGAGCUGUGUGUCAGAGUUAUCUCCUGAAUCACGAAAGAGUUUGAUGGAAAAGUCUUCUAAAAUUGACAUGGAAGAGAGACAGCCAGUUACUCCGGUUUCUACAACGCGCUCUGCUGAAGGAGAAAACCACAGUUCAGUUGAACGAGCUCCUUUCAAUAAUUUCCAGGUUUACAGCAGACCAUUAAACAUGUCUCAUCAGUUCAGUCACUUUAAUGUGCUCACCCAUCAGACUUUCCUGGGAACAACAUACCCACCUUCUACAAGUCAAAACCAAGAAGGGGGCAGUUAUUUUCUAUCUGCUUACAGUCAGAGCAGGGAUACAGAGAAAUCGUCACUGCCUGGUGGUUGGGAUAAAAACUGUGAUUCUUCCAGGCCAUAUUCAAAACGGAAAUAAACUUGUCUUUUUUAUAAGUUGCUGUGGACUUCCUGUUUCUAAAACGUUGGAUUAACAAUUUCUAUUUUAUUCUGGAACAAAACAUUUCUUGUCCUUUAUCUCAAAGUUUUUUCUGAUCUUAUUUAAACCGUGAUGGCCUGCACCUGUUGGAAGCAUCUGAAAAUUGAAAUAAAUAUAUAUUUUUAACAUUUAUUGUACUUGAAUUAUCUUGGUUGUUGGCACUUUUAAGUUUCUACAUUUGUAUUUGACCUGUACAUAGGUUUCAGUUUGAAGUCUGUUUUAAUGUAAAAUUGAAUGUUUGCCUAAAAUAUAUGAAAUGGCGAGUUUUUUUAACUGUAAGUAUCCAAUUCACUUUUCUUUACAUAAAUAUCAAAACGUAUGUAUUUAUUUGACACAAUUUUGUACGAAUGUUUUUACAUAGCUAUAAGGCAGUGUAGUUAUUUUAUUUACUGGAUUUUGGCAAAAUACCUCAAGUAGAUUAACAAAUGGUGCAGUUCCAUUACAGAAACAAAAUAAACUGUUAAUGCAC